CAUCUCCCCUGGCUAUUGACUUCUGGUCUUCUGGUUGGCCAAUGGCUAAUCAAUUGAUCGUCGCUUUUGGGUAGCUUAUUUUAGUUUUACUACUAUCGUGUGAAAGAAAAGAAAGGAGUUUUAAUUAUUAGAACGAAUUCCCUCGUUCCUCUUUGUCGCUCUUCUUCUUCCUGACUAAUCUUUGAGGGGAGCAAGGGAGGAAGAUCAUGGCAUCACUUCUUUUAGCGGAUUGGUUUGGCUCUGCGAUUGUAGAGAAGCUAAUCGAACUCGGCUUAACCUACGUGCAAAAUCAUUUCUUUUUGCAGGCAGGCAUAACAAAGGAGCUGAAAAGAUUACAGGAUCUCCACCCAAAGAUCCAAGCUAUUGUUGCUGCUUCAAACCGAGUAGAGAUUAGUGGGCAGAAUCCAGAUCUAAAAAAAUGGUUAUGGCAGCUCCGAGAUGCAGUUGACGAGGCUGAAGACUUGCUAGAUGAGCUGGAGUACAAUGAGCUCGCAAAACAAGUGCGUAAGGCUGGUCAGGAUAAGGUACAUAAGACUAUUUCUCCCUUCAAGAAUUGUUGUCUAAACCCCAAAUUCAGCAAAUACAUCGUUAAAGAAGAUCCAACUUUGAAAAAGCUGAGAAAAGUGGUGAAAAGUCUUGAUGAAGCGUUUGCGGGUGCUGGGAAUUUCCUUCAGCUUGUUGAAAUCACAAAGGAUGAAUUGAACCAGCAGCAGGAUGAGCAAUAUAAGGUUCGUGAAACCGGUUCCUUGCCAAAAACUGAUGUGUUUGGGCGCGAAGUGGAGAUGAAAUUUGUUAUAGAAUGGUUGAAGAGGCCAGUGGAUGAUGAUGGCUGUACAGCUAGUGGUGCUAUGUAUAGCAACAUUUCAAUUCUUUCAGUUGUAGGCCUUGGAGGAAUGGGGAAGACGACGCUUGUGCAGCAAGUUUAUUCAGAUGAGGCAACUAAUGAAUUUGAUCUUAAAUUGUGGGUUUGUGUUUCCAACAGUUUUGACGUGAAAAGGCUUCUUGCAGAUAUGCUUGAAUCUCUGACUGGACGGAGACCUGAUUUGGCAUCACUUAACGCACUUCAAGAGCGUCUCAAAGCUGCGUUGAUGUCGAAGAAAUUUUUUCUUGUUCUUGAUGAUGUUUGGGAGGAGGAGGAGAAGCAGGAUAAGAGCAAAUGGGAGAAUGUGCUUGCUCCACUAGCUACUGGGAAGGAGGGGAGCAAAAUUUUGGUAACAACUCGAAUGGACUCGGUUGCAUUGCUAGUCACGAAAGUAUUGAGGAAACAGAUGGUUAAAUUGAAAUUGGAAGGCUUGCAGGAAGAAGAUUGCUUGUUCCUCUUCAAUAGCUAUGCCUUUGCUGAUGUGAAAAACCUUGAAGCUUAUUAUGAACUGAAAUCGAUUGGAAUAAUGAUAGUUAAAAAGCUUUCAGGAUCUCCACUGGCAGCUAAAGUAAUUGGGGGCCUUUUGAACUCUAAUUUGGAUGUAAGACACUGGAAGAAUGUGUUAAACAGUGACAUUGGAAAUGCAGAGAAUGGUCAGAAUGAUAUUAUGCCAAUUCUAAGACUUAGCUACACUUACCUUCCCCGACAUUUGCAAAAUUGCUUUGCAUUUUGCUCCAUAUUUCCUCGAGAUCAUGAGUUUGAUAAAGAUGAUUUGGUCCGCAUGUGGAUGUCCUUGGGAUUCAUUCAGAAGCCUCGAUUUGUAGGGGAGUCAAUGGAAGACAUGGGAGGUAAAUAUUUUGAUGUUUUGGUUAAGAAAUCUAUCUUUGAGAAGGUUGAAGAUAAUCAUCGAAACAUAACAUAUUAUAUAAUGCAUGAUAUGCUGCAUGAGCUUGCACAGUCUGUUUCUACUCAGUUCUGCAUCAGAGUUGUUUGUGAUGAUAAAUUUCCUGUUGGAGUUCCUGGCAGCAUUCGACACCUAUCUAUUGUAACUAGUAGGCUCUCUGUGCUUGGUGAGAUGAAAAAAUUUAAGAACCUGCGUUCUCUUUUUUUGGCAUAUAUUGGGGAUAAUACAUUCCAUGAGAAUGCUUAUCAUGGAGAUGAUGAAAAGUUUGAUCUUGUUCUUUCCCAAAUAAUUAGAGCAUCAAAAAGCAUCCGCUUACUUAGUGUACGUGCACCGCACUUCAAAGAGAUGCCUAGAGAAAUUGGUGAUUUGAUACACCUUCGAUUCUUAAAACUAGUUCAAACUAGUAUAACCAGAUUGCCUAGAUCACUAUGCAAUCUCUACCACCUUCAAGUUGUUGUUUAUGAAGAAAUGCAUCAGGUAUCUAAAAAUUUCUUACCAAAAGGUAUGAAUAGUCUCCCUAAUCUUCGGCAUCUGAUUUUGCCAUGGGAUGAAAUUGAUGGAAUGCCUGGGAUUGGGAGUCUAUCUUUCCUUCAAGGAAUAGAUGGUUUUCGAAUAAUGAAUGAGAAUGGAUACAGAAUUGAGGAGCUGCAGCAUUUGAAUGAGCUGCGCAGUCUACGUAUUAAACUUAUUGAAAAUGUGAAGGAUGCUGGAGAGGCCAGAACGGUCAAGCUGAAGGAAAAACAACACCUCAUGGAACUCUUUUUAGAAUGGGGGGAUGGCAUGAAAUGCUGUGAGGAUGGUGAUGAAUAUUGGGAUGAUGGAAAUUUCAGGGAUUCUACAGGUCAUGAGCUUGAUGAACAUAUACUUGACCAACUCCAACCACACACCAACUUAAGGAAACUGACAAUUCAUGGCUAUAUUGGUGCCAGGUCUGCAGUUUGGAUGACUCCUUCAUUGCUCGGCAAUUUGGAGACCAUAAGAUUGCACAAAUGCUUGGGAUGGGAAAGCCUUCCUCCUCUGGGACAGCUGCCAUUUCUCAAGAUAUUAGACCUUUCUGAUAUGCCUCAACUGAAACGAAUUGGCUCUGAAUUUUAUGGGAAAGGUGAGAAUGGUGGUUUUCGGUCAUUGGAGAUACUGCUUAUUAGGAAGCUUGAAGCAUUGGAGGAGUGGUCUGAUAAUGCUGCUGAAACUGAAUACCACCAAUGCUUUCCUAGCCUACAAAAGCUGCAUGUUCUACAAUGCCUUAAGCUGCGUAAAUUGCCGACAUUGCCUCUCAAUCUUACAAGAUUAAAGCUCGCUGAUGUGGGAUUGACCACUUUUCCUGUGCACAAACAUAGCAACAACAACAGGUCAUCAGUUUUUUCUUCCCUUGCUGAAAUAGAAAUCAGUGGCUGUAGAGAAAUGAGAUCUCUUCCUUCUGAAGAGUUACUUUGCAGGUUUACAGCACUUGAACACUUGGAAAUAAGUUACUGUGAAAAUCUGAGGUCACUUGGGGGAUUACAGGCAGUACAUUCCCUUAAGAAAUUGGCCAUCUGGGAUUGUCCUAAUCUCAUUCAAAGAACAUCAUGGUCAUCCACUAUGGAGAGGAAUAUUCCAUUCUUGCUUGAGCAACUCGAGACAAAUGAUCCCUUACUGCUGCUUGAGACUCCAUUGAGAAGUCUUAGCUCCCUUCAGGUUCUGAAAAUUAAGUUUAAUAACAACAUUAUUUCUUUUCCCAUUGAGGCAGAAAAUUGGUUGUUGCAAAAUGGUACUUCUCUUCGUGAGUUGCACCUGUGGGAUGUGAUAUCUCUACAAUCCCUCCCUUCCUGCUUGCAUGAAAUCUCUUCCCUCUUGGUUUUGGAUGUAUGUCAUAGUCCUGAACUCAGAAGACUGCCGCAACUCCCUUCCUCAUUGCAAAAAUUGAUGGUCACUUAUUGUCAUCCAGAAUUAAAAGAGCGUUACCAGAGGAAUGUUGGCAUUGAGUGGCAAAUGAUUUCUCAUGUUUCCUACGUUGACUUAUGUAUUUAAUAGCUAAUAUGCAUCAGCUGCAUUUGCAAUUCAGUGGGAUGAGAUCCACAAAAUGUAUGACCUGGAUAAAUGAGAUGCUUCUGAACAAUCAUACGGCUAAACAGAAUAAAGCUGGAUCGAUCUUGAUAAAUAGAAAAGUACCUCGGUUGACAGAGCAUCUGUUUCAGGGUAAUAUACCAAAACCUCUGGAUUUUUGUCUUAUAGGGAGCAUCAACAAAUUGUAACUUGCUACCAACCCUCAGAUAGUUGUUCUGUAGUUGGUGAGGCCAUUGUAACCAUUCGAGGAGCAAGAAUCAAUUCAUGGUAGUACAGGCUGCUGCUCGUGGAUCACACAACUCACUGGCAAAGCAUAAAGCCAGUUAUUGGUAGAAGAUGCAUGGGAAUUCCAUUUUUCUUUUAGGGAUUGUGGACCAGAUAAGAUUAAAAUUUGGUACGAUAUAUUUACUGAUCAAGUUCAUUUUCAACCCGAAAAUUUGCCACAGAUAAUGGUCAAAUAUCAUGAUUUGGUACAAGAUACAACUUGUUACUUGAUGAAGUGUCAACAAUGAUGCGAGAAUCUAAAGCAGGGGAUGCCUUAAUUUGCUCUCAAACUGAUUUCUGCUAUCCUGCUAUGAACUAUUCACUGAAGGUAUUGUCCACUUAUUUCUAUUAAGAUAAGAAGAUUCUUUUUUUGUUUGCCAGUUAAUGGCAAAAAGGAUAGCCAUUAUUCAGUUGCAGAAUCAUAUAAUCUAAAAGUAACAUAUUAUUAUUUAACUGCUAAACAAAUUUUGAAUAUUCAUUGUGCGAGAGAAGAAUGGACUUUCUUUUUUUUUUUUAUUCAAAUUGAAAAGGAGACUGCUUGCGGACC